AUGGACUCUACUACAAUUACAAAAGCAUUAGGUACAAUAACAGCUUUAUUUGUGGUAAAUUAUGCAUAUCGACGGUAUACAUCUAUUCUUUCCAAUGCUCCGACACCUAAAAUUAAUAAUUUCUGGAUCACUUGGUUUGGUAUUGUCCCUCCUCCUAGUGAUGGUGAUGAUGAUGUAUCUCAAUUCUUAAUUGAAUCUGGACAAGAUCAACAUCAAAGUCCUAUUAGUGUUUGUUUCUCAAUCAUGGGUAAACCUCUUGUCUUGGUGAAUACUUUGAAAGGAAUCAAAGAUGUAUUGAUUGAUGGUCAAGCAAGAAAUAAAAAGUUGGGGCCUUGUGUACAACGUGGUGAGAUGAUUUGUCGACUUCAUAGUUUAGUGUUUGGCGGGCCAAGUAUUAAUAACACAGUGGGUCAGGAUUGGGCUUGGCGACGACAUGUUCUUUUACCUCCUUUUCAACCUCGACAACUCGUUCCUAAAUUGUUACCUUAUGUGGCCGAACAAGUGACUGAUGUUUUGAAUCUUUUUGACCAGCAUGCUUCACAAGGAACUGCUUUAGAACUCGAUAAUGUUUUUACUGAUCUUACUAUGGGUGUCAUUAACUAUUAUUUAUAUGGUCGACGAGAUUUGAAGUUUGAUAUGGUUGGUGGGCGCUCCAACCUAAAGCACGAACAUUUGAAACUUGGUUUAGGCUUCCAAUCCCUUGAAGCAUGGCUUCCUUUUGGAUUGAACAAAACUAACUGGGCUCAACGUGCAUAUGGACCAGCUCGUGAACGACUUAAAGAUUUUAUUCGUGAUUCCUUGAAUUUGGCAGAAGAAGAACACAAUCAACGACAAGAAAUACAAGGAAUUUCAACCACAUCAACUUAUCAUUGUGUUGCAGCGGCUGCUCUGGAUAGUGGCAAAUAUGAUCAUGAUCGUGAAGCUUUGGUGACUGAUUUGUUAUCCUUAACAUUUGCGGGUUAUGACACGACGUCACAUACAUUAUCAUUUUGUUUUUCUGAAUUGGCGAGACAUCCAGAACUUCAACAACGUUUAUUUAAAGAAGUACGACAGGUGCUUGGUCCUCCUCCUGUGGCGAUUGAAUCCAUUACUGCUGAGAAGCUUGCACAAUUACCUUUGGUGACGGCCAUGUAUCGUGAAACUCUUCGCAAGUAUCCUGCUGUGGUAUUUAUUCCUGUACAUGUAAAUCGUGAUACUUUGGUCGAUGGUGUAGUAGUACCUGGUGGUGCAGAAAUAUGGUGCAAUGUACGUGGACUUCAAAUGAAUUCAGCUAUUUUCCCUGAUCCUGAUACUUUCAACAUUGAUCGUUGGUUACCUCCUCAUAGUGGUUCAAACAGCUCCUUUACUUCCAACUAUGGCGACUUUGAUAAUUUAGCAGAUAAUGAUAAUGACGAUCAAGCUAGUUUUGGACCUGAAUCACAACACCGAUUCCCAGAUAUCACAUUUACCUUGGGCCAACAUGCUUGUUUGGGAAAGAACUUGGCUAUACUUGAAUUACGUACUAUGAUCGCUCUUACUGUCAAUCAAUUCACAUGCUCCUUGAAACCUGGUAAUCGUAUAGAAACAAAGAUUAUUCUAACCACCAAACCGAAGAAUGGCGUCUGGGUACAUUUUAAAAAACGAAUUGAUUAGAGUUUAGUUUAUAGUUUAGAUAAUUUUGAUAUGGUUGUGCUCAAAUGUGAAUAAAAUGACGAUAUGAAAACCUUAUCUUUUUUGAACCCCAG